AUGAGGUCCACAGGGGCCGCCCCAGACUUUUCGCCUGAUACCUCCGAGCAAGAAGAAGAGGAACAUAGUCCAGCACUAGAGGAGCUUAUGAACCAAUUGUAUACGCAGACCAAAGACGAGGAGAUCGUCACCUCUGCACUAUUUAGCCUCCUCUGCGGUCUUACUGUUCAUACCAAAAUUGGAAAUCGAUGGACGGUCCACAGGAAAGCUCUCAAAGCUUGUUUUCGUCACGCAUCUUUUGUCGCGCGCGUGGACGGGUACCUCGAGGACAGAACCCCGGUUGAGAAAGUUCGCGCGGUAGUGGAAGUUAAGCCUAUGUUUCGCGAAAAGCGAAUACUCCAAAUCUGCAUGCAAGAAUCAGCCCAGAUGGUCGCGUGGAUUUUGAAAGACCUUGAUGAAUUUGGAUGCUUAAAUCUGCCUGGACGUCGUCUUCACGUGUCACAGAACCGAAACGAGAUCUACAUUACAUUCGCUGAGUAUGACGACGAGUACAUGAAUUAUCUGAAAGACCGUUCCAGCUCAGAUCCUGACCUUCACUUUCUCACGAUGCACCAAUACGGUCCUUGGAAAACCAGCAUACAAGCGCAUAUGCGCGAUCUAGGCCAGCUUCUUCUGGCCAUUUGUCUUAGGGCCCAUUCCGAUAUGCAGGAAGAAGGAGCUGAUGUGCAAGAGAGCAUGGAUACGAGCGAGACAGACGUGGACGGCGACAUGUCCGUGGUUUCAGAUAAGAGCGAAGACAUAGAUAUGGAUGACGACGAGGAGGAUGAUAAUGAGGACGACGAUUAUGACGAGGACGACGAGUAUAACGAGGACGACGAGGACAGCGCUACCAGCGAUACGAAUUAA